AUGGACGUUUCCGAACUUUUUGCUGUCAAGGGCAAGGUAGUCCUCGUUACCGGUGGUGCGAGAGGCAUUGGCCUCAUGAUCUCCACUGGCUUUGUCAAGAAUGGCGCCAAGGUCUACAUCUCCUCUCGCAAUGCCGACGCGUGUGAAAAGGCGGCAUCGGAGCUCACCGCUCAAGGCCCGGGCAGCGCCAUAGCAAUCCCCGCCGACUUGCAGUCCCUCGAGGCUUGCGAGAAUCUGGCAGCAGAACUAGCCAAGCGGGAGGAAAAGCUCCAUAUUGUCGUACACAACAGCGGCGCCUCCUGGGGGGCCGACAUCGACAGCUAUCCGGAAUCUGCGUGGACCAAGGUGCUUACUCUGAACCUCCACCACGUCUUCACCCUCACCCGACUCGUGCUCCCAUUGUUGGAGGCAGCUACAGUAAGGACGGACGGCAUCCCCGUGGAUCCGGCGCGCGUUAUCCACAUUGGUUCUGUAGAUGCCCUGCGUGUGCCGCAUCUCAACAAUUUCGCAUACAGCGCGGCCAAGGCAGGAUUACACCAUCUGAGCCGGCAUCUUGCAACCACGUUGGGUCCCCGGGGAAUCACCUCCAACACGAUUGCAUGCGGACCGUUUCCAAGCAAAAUGAUGGGUGCUAUUCUCGACACGAUGGGCGACGAGAUCAGAGAGGCGAAUCCAUUGUCCAGGAUAGGGACGCCCGAAGACGUGGCAGGUACUUGCUUAUAUUUGUCAAGUAGAGCUGGGGCCUUUUGCAAUGGUGCGACGAUUAGAUUGGAUGGCGGCCUCUCUCAACUUGCGAAGAUGUAA